AGCUGGACGCGCAAUACAGAGCAACCCGAAACCUUAAAAAAAAAGGAAAACACAUUCCCCGUACUUGCAAAGACGAACAUUUAAAGUUGUCCGGCGUAUGUGUGGACUUCUUCUUUUUUAGUUGUGUUCCAAUUUACACUUGUCAGCAAACCGCGAGGGGAUAUUUAACCGGUACCAGCGCUUCAUGCCCUCCCGCAGGACCCACAAGGUUGUGUGUGUGGACUCUCAUCCUCCUCCCAGUCCCCACGGUCAGACUGUGAUCCAUGGCGCUGAAGAAGCUUGUGGGUUUUGGGAAGCAGUUGCUGCGGGUCAAGGUGGUGGACUGUAACACAGAAGACUCCCAUCUGUCCCGAUGCCUCAACACGUUUGACCUGGUGGCCCUCGGCGUGGGUAGCACGCUGGGCGCUGGCGUCUACGUGCUGGCCGGCGCUGUUGCCCGGGAAAAUUCAGGUCCUGCGAUUGUGCUGUGUUUCCUGAUAGCAGCCCUAGCAUCGGUGCUGGCGGGCCUGUGCUAUGCUGAGUUUGGAGCCCGUGUUCCCAAGACGGGCUCCGCUUACCUCUACUCCUAUGUGACCGUAGGGGAACUGUGGGCCUUUAUCACUGGAUGGAACCUCAUCCUCUCCUACAUCAUUGGUACCUCCAGCGUGGCCCGAGCGUGGAGCGCCACCUUCGACGAGUUGGUAGGCAAGCGCAUAGAGCACUUCUGCAGGGAGUACAUGUCCAUGAAUGCGCCGGGUGUAUUGGCAAAGUACCCCGACAUGUUUGCCGUUGUCAUCAUAUUUACCCUCACAGGUCUUUUGGCAUUUGGAGUCAAAGAGUCCGCUAUGGUGAACAAGGUUUUCACAUGUAUCAACGUCCUGGUUUUGCUGUUCAUGGUGGUGUCUGGCCUGGUCAAAGGAACCCUGAAGAACUGGCAGCUGGACCCCGAAGAGAUCCUACAUGCAAAUUACUCUAGUAACUCCAGCCUCAAUGUGACGGACAUCCUACCAACCAGAGAGAGUUUAGGAGCGGGCGGCUUCAUGCCGUUUGGGUUUUCCGGCGUCCUGUCGGGAGCUGCCACCUGCUUCUAUGCCUUUGUUGGAUUUGACUGCAUCGCCACCACAGGUGAAGAGGUGAAGAACCCCCAGAGAGCCAUCCCCAUUGGCAUCGUGUCCUCGCUGCUCAUCUGCUUUGUGGCGUACUUUGGGGUUUCUGCCGCCCUCACCCUCAUGAUGCCAUACUACCUGCUUGACAACAACAGCCCUCUGCCAGUAGCCUUUAAAUAUGUGGGCUGGGGGGGAGCCAAAUACGCUGUAGCUGUAGGCUCUCUUUGUGCUCUGUCCACUAGCCUGCUGGGUGCUAUGUUCCCUAUGCCCCGCGUGAUCUGGGCUAUGGCCGACGAUGGGCUGCUUAUCGAGUUCAUGGCCGAGAUCAGCCCCCGCACCAAAACCCCGCUAACCGCAACCCUCACCUCUGGCGUAGGGGCAGCCAUCAUGGCGUUUCUGUUUGACCUGAAGGACCUGGUGGACCUGAUGUCAAUAGGGACGCUGCUGGCCUACACUUUAGUGGCUGCCUGUGUGCUGGUGCUCAGGUACCAGCCCGAGCAGCCCAGUCAGAUGUAUGAAAUGGCCAAUACUCAGGAGGAGGUGGAGCUGAGCGACGGCAUCAGUGUCCCCAGUAUGGGCAUCCUGCCAGGGGUGCAGGAGAGAUUCACCUUUAAAACCCUCCUGUUCCCGACUAACCACGAGCCAUCCACUCUGUCCGGCUUCUCCGUCAACGUCUGUGCCUCUCUCAUGGGAACGUUGAUCCUGGUGUUCAGUGUGCUGGCAGUGCAUGGAGGGUUUGCGGUGUGGAACAUUGUGGUACUCUGUGUCAUCUUCAUGGUUUGCCUCCUCCUCACCUUUGUCAUCUGGAGACAGCCUGAGAGCAGGACCAAGCUGUCCUUCAAGGUUCCGCUGCUUCCCUUCCUUCCAGUGAUCAGCAUGUUCGUCAAUGUUUACCUGAUGAUGCAGCUGGACAGGGGUACCUGGUUACGGUUUUCUUUAUGGAUGGCUAUAGGGUUCGUGAUCUACUUCAGCUACGGCAUUCACCAUAGCGCCGAGGCCGCUCUGGCCCGCCGGUCCUCAGAGACCGAGAUGAACAAGUGCAGACGCAAUUCAGAGGCGUCGCGGGAAAAGGAGGCCUUCUUGCCCAAUGGCAUUGGCGUCAAGGAAGACGACGAAGAUUUGUAGGAUGCAUUAGAACCCGCCGCCUACAUUUUCGACCUCCCCUGAUGCUGGUUUGUCCGUCUGAAAGUAUUUUAUACUACUAACUUACAGUACUCCUUUUUGGGUUAGGAUUAAGUGAUGAUGAAUAACUUUGACCCUGCGUUUCCUGAACCUGUGACUUUCCCUCUUGGCUGCUGGGUAGAAAACAAAAAGACUGGAUAUUACUCAAAAGCAGAGCUUCUUGAGAUGAUUGACAUGUCCUCUUACUUCAGCGUUUGGUUAUCAGCUCGUUACCCCUUUUUAUCCGUUAUCACACGCCAUUAUGAGAGGGGGGGGG